GGCUUGAGUGAGCAUUAAUUGCACACUUCGAUCAUGCAUUCGAUCAUGCAUGGUGCAUGGUCCCUUUCACGCAUCCACACGUACGUACAUCCACCCAAUUUGAUAUAUAUGCACACACCAUCCACACGCGUACGGUACACGAAGGCAGUGGCGUCCAACUUCCCCGUUGACCCCACUGCCCGUCGACCUGGGCAGUGAAUUGCACAAGCACGAUCGAAGGGACGCUACUCACACAAACAUACUUGUGUGCCCUGACUUUCCAUCCAUCCAUCCAUCCGUCCAUCCAGCUGCAGCUAGGCAGGCAGAUGUCUUUUGUGUCUUUCCUCUCUUUCAAUCGGUACAUCGGCCUCUGUCUGUCCCCCCAUGACCACAGCCACCAAGAACGAUCGAAGGCACACUCUUGCACGAGCUGGCAGUCGGCCGUCAAUGGCUGCUGGAGCAUAGGGGAACGAAGGCCGAGGUGCUCAUCAACAAAACAGACUGGACAAGUGAGUGAGUGAGUGAGUCAUCGCGUGAUCUUCUUCCUUGCUUGCUUGCUUGCUUGCUUGCUCACCCACAACACACACACAUACGCGACACCAGGCAGGCAUCGUUCCCUUCCCGUGCACACAGAUGGAUACACACAGACAGCACGCCAGGUACCCCCCACCCCCGCUGCACCGCAGACUAGGUAGGCUAUUCAGGUCUGAUGCGCUGCAUGCGGCCUCCAACGCGUUCCCACUGCUUCUCGUAUUCCCUCCUCGCCCUUCACCGCCGUCCACCUGCUGCUGCAGCUGCUGCCGGGGCACCGCUGGGUGGGGGUGGUGGUUGUGGUUGUGCUUGCGCUUCUUCCGCGCGCAGAGGUGCUCUGUGUCCGACUCGGUGUCGUCUUUGGGCGCACCUCUGCAACAUAACACACACACACAGAGUCCAUCAGGUGCUUGGCUGUGACUGUGGGCGUGUGUGUAUAUGUGUGUGUGUAUGUGUGUGUCUGCCAACGUACCGCUUGCGGCCGCCGCCCACAUUGCCAUGAGCAUCAGGCAUCAGCUCGUCACCGUGGCCAGCUCCUGCAGCAGCAGCCGCAGCAGCUCUCGAGGCCUUCGAUGGCACCACAUGAGCCAACCCUGCGGAACAGGGACAGAAUGGAUGGAUGGAACUCACAUAUGCACAUUUGUGCAGGGUUUCCUCACUCGCUCAGUCACUCACUCACUCACCGUCGUCAAUGUCCAUAUUGUCACCUCGGUCUUCCUGGAGGGAGCGGCCGGGUGGCCUGAAGAGCUUGCCGGCCAACUCUGCACCAACAUCCACAGACGAGAAUGGUCACUUUUCGCUGCAUGGCCCAUGCCGUCUGCCUUUCCUUCCAUGUGUGUGUAUUCACCUCCAGCCUCUUCAUGUGCGGCAAACUCUUCCAUAUCGGUCAACAUGCCCACACGACGGCCGCGCGGGGCCGGGGGACGGGGAGGGGGAGGCAUGUCCACGCCGCUCUCGCCCAUCGCCUCGCCAUCACGCGAGGCCCUGCCAUUCUGGCCACCAGCAGCAGCAGCGGCGCCUGCGCGAAAAGGGAGAGAGGCACAGAUGGAUUGACGUGUGUGCAUUGUGGUUGGUUGGAUGCGGACGUCCCUCCCUGCACACCCACUCACCGUCAUUGAUCUCCAUGUGUUCGUCUGGGUCUCGGAGGAGCGGCUCGCCCAAGAAGCCGAGGCGACGGCGAGGGGGUUGUGGCGGCUCACGGGAGUUGCAGUCCAUUCCUGAAUUGACACACGCAUACGAAGGGGGAGAGGCGGGGUCAGUUUGGCUGUCUGUGUGUACAGGCCUUGCGUGUGCGUGUGUUUGCAUACCAGCAGCAGCGUCGUCCCCCCUGUAGUUGUCCAUCUCAGCCUCAAGGUCCAGACGCAUGGGACGCCCGUGUGGAGGGGGCGGGGGGAGUGGGGGAGGCACUGACAGACAGACAGACAGACAGAGGCAGACGGCCAACCGGCGUCGGCGAAUGAGAGGUAUGUGUGUGUGACCGAUGGGUGUGUGUGCGUAUGUGCUUACUCAGGUCAUUCUCCUCAGCCAUCUCGUGCCUGUCCGCAAACAACUUCAUGGCCCUUCCGCCACGGGGGGGCGGGGGCGGAACACGGGCAAAGGCGGCACCUGACGGAGGGAGACAUACAAAUGAGGGUGAGGAGGAAACACACUUCGAGUGCCUGCCUGCCUGCCUGCCUGCACACGCACCUUCAGCCAUCUUGCUACACCAUUGUCUGCCCGCUUCCGUCAGGCCGAUGUUGGGGGCGAUAGAUCGGUACUCGCGGAUCUGCACCAGGCAGGCAGGCAGCAGCCAAGCAGAGCAUGAGACAGUAAAUGUGUGGAGUGUGCAGCGAUCCGAUCCACACCUCGCUGUAUGCCAUAUCGAACAGGUUCCUGCCCUGCCCAUCGUCCACAGCAGCAGCCGCGGCGGCAGCGGCACUGGCGGAGCCUCGGUUCUGCGUGUAUAUUUUCUUCUUCAACGCAGCGACCACACACGAGGCUAUGCAGCCUGUCCGGGAGACGCCUGUAUGGGCAGCAAACAGACAUGCAGACAAGGACACAUGUGUGUGUGUGCGUGGGGCGGUGUGUGAAUCUGACUGUCCAGUCGGCUGUUAGUUGGUGCAGCCAGUGAUGGGCUCUCACUGACUCAAGUGACUCACUCACUCACCCGCACGGCAGUGUAUUAGCAGGGUGGUGUCGGGAUCCUGGAGGGCACCGAGGCAGUAGUCGAUGGCUGCGACUCCAGCUGUCGCGAAGUUGUGCACCGCGUCCUCACUGCCAUCCUGCACACACACAGAGAAUGAGAUAUCGACUGCCCGUCCUUCUGCGUGUGUGUGUGUCUGUGUGGUGUUUGUCCGCCCACCUUCAUAUCUUUGACGUCAUAGAAGGUCACGUGCGGCAGGUCGUCGCGCCUCGACUUGCACACAUAGUCGCCCCCCGACGUGUCCGCUGCCGCCAAGUUGCACACAUGGGUGACCGUAGCCGACUUGAGAAACUGACAGAUGGACAGACAAGCAAAGACAGGAAUGUGUCACCACAGAUGCCGAUAUCGCCCUCAGCACACAGGGGUGCGUGAAUUACCUACCUCAGUGUCAUGCGCGGCCUCCUUGCUCCCUAUGAGGAGCCUCCCCUUGGCCAUGCCCAGAUCAUAGAUCCGCACGACGUUCCUCCUAGAGCAGACACACAUAGAGAAGGAUGAUUUGUAUGGUCGUCUGCUGCCGUCCCCAUUGCUAACGCAUCGCACGUACUCUUGCUUGUGAUCGAAUAUGGUGUUGGUCAGCGGGUCCGUGCGGUCCAUCUUGUUGGUGCGGUUGCCCUUGGGCGACGGGCGACUCUCUUCUAGAAGAAAGAAGAGUCCGUUCGGUUCGUUCCCUCCCCCUCGCCCAUUCACUCACUCACCAGCCGGUGCGUCAACGUCUGCAUCCGUAUCGAUACACAACCCCAACCCUCCCACUCGACGACGGCAUGGCGGGUCUACAGUCGGUCAACGAAGGACAGACAAGAAGCCCACAGCCAGCAAUCAUCCCGCCUCCCGCAUGCAUGACUGGCUUGAACCUCACCAGGUCUCUUGGGUGAGUCCUGUCGGCCCAGUCGGGGUGGGCUCCUUGGCGGGCUCCUGGGCCGGCUCCUGUGCCUGCUGCUGGGCGGUGUGUCAAUGGCUAGGGAAGGCCGCUUCAUCCUCACUGCCAGGAGCUGCAUAUGCAACAGCCAAAACACCGCUCAGCAGAUACGUUUGCAUGCGUCACGAAGCACUGUCAUACACAAGGAAUGCAGUGUCGGCGACCACUCACCGAUGCUGUCCGUGGCUGCCGCUUGCCUGUCAGUCCUCCUUGCGCGUUGUGCUCCCUUCUUCUGCGAGAGGGUGACAAGGCGAGCGCUCCGAGCGGCGCAAGCAACACUGCCAGCGCAACGCAGCGAGAUUGAGGCCUACUGCCUGUCUUCCAGACACGGGCAGCUACUAGGACCACACUCGCGCACACAGAAC